CCAGUGUGCAAAAAGUGUGGUACAUGCGUUAGUGACAGAUAAACAAAAUGGAAUCCAAGCAGCGUCCAAGCACUGGUGUCAAAUAUCCUGUUGAUUGUUCCGAUGAAAACUACUGUCACCUCUCAGAUCAGGAAGUGCCAUGUUUGGACAAUGGCUUACCCAAGAAGCCUCUCAUGUUACCCCAUGGAGUAAAGGUGGAUGUGUGUCGUGAAAACAUAGCCCGCCUCUCCCUUUUCAGUGGUGAUGCGUCUCAUUCAGUAUUCGUUUUGCAUUUGCCUGGAGAUGCAAGUCAAGUGGUCGCGGUGCACUUGCACGGAGAGUGGUGGCCACUUCAAGAGGCCAUGAAGACAUCCUGCAAAUCCAGAUGUGGACUUGUAGUGGUGAAGUCUCUCAUGGAGAGAGUGCUUUUGUCUCUCAUGAGCCAGGUCAUGUAUGGCCUUUUGGAGAGAGCUCAAGAUGAAGACAUGUACUUCUCCCCUCAUGCGCAGGAGGAGUUUGGUAAAAUCUUCUGGAAAGACAGCGAAGCUGCUGGAUUUUACACCGUCAAGAGGAAAGGUGGCCUGUGCACCAGCUGGGGUGGCCAGACCUACCUGCUCCCCGUACUGGACACGGUGUUCGUGCGGACAGCCUGGAGGAGGAGAGGGCUGGCCCUGGAGAUGCUGAGGGACUUCUGUUCCUCCCACCCCCACGAGGAGGCCCUGGGCAUCAGCCACCCCAUCUCAGCCGCCAUGUAUGAGGUGUGCAGGCGUUUCUUGGUAGAGCGUCCGGAAGAGAGGGAGCGCAUGUGUGAGGUGGAGGGCCCGGGAGACUGGGCUCAGAGACGCAACGUCUGGCUCCGUCUGCAGCUGCAGCUCCAGCGACUCCCUCAACACAGAACAGGGCAGAGUCCACAGACAAUCGCGUCUGGGAGUGACCAAGAGGACACACACACAGACGGGAACACACACACACUCUGGGACGCUCACACUGACGAGAAGGAUCCUCCCACUCCCUCGGGUGCCCGAGGGCACCAGACAAGUUGCGGUCAGCAUGUUGAAAGGAGAGGGGUGCGUAUCUGUACCAGAGCCACAGCAGCAGCAGCAGCAGCAGCAGCAGCAGGUGGCCAUCCCCUGAGGAGAAGUGAGAGGAGGCAGCGAGCUGCUGACCACCACACAGGGGACACCCAGGACACAGUGGACACCAAACGCACCAAAACGCAUCACUGAAGCCAUCGACAUGCUGGACAGCAACUCCCUCAGAUGCCUUACAGCGACAAUCAAGCUGUUGUUAAUUUCACUGUGAACUAUUAAAAAAACUAGAAAUGCACUCAAAGAGUGUAGAUCUCCACCAAGGUGGCUUGUUUUUGUGGAGUUAGAAACUGGAAUGUCAAAAUUCGGCCAAAU